CAAAGUUGAGUGAUGUCUUCUGCUGGCCGCCUGACACCUGCCUGACACCUGCCUGAUACCUGCACACCUGAAGUCGGCCUGCUGCCUGACUGUCCCACCAUGGCGUCAACUGCAUUAAGAUCAGUGCUAAGAACUAAGGUCCCACUUAAAGUUGGUCAUAGGAGCUACUCCUCUGCAGUCCCGACUGUUAAACUUUUCAUCGAUGGGAAGUUUGUAGAAUCCAAGAGUUCAGAAUGGCUGGACAUUCACAAUCCUGCUACCAAUGAAGUGAUCGCCCGUGUUCCCAAAGCCACCCAGGAGGAGAUGUUGGCUGCUGUCGGCUCCUGCUCCAGAACCUUUCAGUCCUGGUCAGAGACGUCCAUCUUGACUCGGCAGCAGGUCUUCCUGCGCUAUCAGCAGCUCAUCAAGGACAACAUUAAAGAACUGGCCAAGGCCAUCACGGUGGAGCAGGGCAAGACGCUCCCAGACGCAGAGGGAGACGUGUUCAGAGGAUUGCAGGUUGUGGAGCAUGCCUGCAGCGUCACCUCCUUACUCCUCGGUGAAACUCUGCCAUCCAUCACCAAAGACAUGGAUACUCACACCUACCGCUUGCCCCUGGGGGUGUGUGCUGGGAUUGCCCCCUUCAACUUCCCUGCUAUGAUACCCCUGUGGAUGUUGCCCAUGGGCAUGGUAUGUGGCAACACAUACCUACUGAAGCCCUCGGAGAGGGUGCCGACCUGCACAAUGCUCCUGGCUAAAAUGCUGCAGGACGCUGGCGCUCCAGACGGGACACUCAACAUAAUUCAUGGACAACAUAACGCUGUGAACUUCAUCUGUGAUCAUCCAGCCAUCAAGGCCAUCAGCUUUGUGGGCUCAAAUCAAGCUGGAGAGUAUAUUUAUGAGAGGGGCUCUAAAAAUGGCAAAAGGGUCCAGUCCAACAUGGGUGCUAAGAACCAUGGUGUGGUGAUGCCUGAUGCAAACAAGGAGAACACCCUGAACCAGCUUGUGGGCGCAGCGUUCGGGGCAGCAGGACAGCGCUGCAUGGCCCUGUCCACCGCCAUCCUGGUGGGUGAGGCGCGGAGCUGGCUGCCGGAGCUGGUCCAGCGUGCCAAGGCUCUGCGAGUGAAUGCAGGAGACCAGCCUGGAUCAGACGUGGGGCCUCUAAUCUCUCCAGAGGCCAAGAAGAGAGUGUGCUCUCUGAUUCAGAGUGGGGUGGACGAGGGAGCGAAGCUGCUCCUGGAUGGGCGAACCGUCAAGGUUAAAGGCUACGAGAAUGGCAAUUUUGUAGGGCCGACAAUCAUCGGAAAUGUCACACCUCAGAUGAAGUGUUACGAGGAAGAGAUCUUUGGACCCGUGUUGGUUGUUCUUGAGGCAGACUCUCUCGAUGAUGCCAUAAGUUUAGUCAACAAUAACCCAUAUGGCAACGGCACAGCCAUCUUCACCACAAAUGGAGCCACAGCACGCAAAUACACUCACGAGGUGGACGUGGGCCAGGUUGGAGUCAAUGUUCCCAUUCCAGUGCCACUGCCAAUGUUCUCCUUCACUGGAUCAAGAGGAUCUUUCAGAGGGGACAUGAACUUUUAUGGCAAACAAGGCAUUCAGUUCUACACUCAGAUCAAAACUGUAACCUCACAAUGGAAAGCUGAAGAUGCCACCUUGAAAAGCCCUGCGGUUACCAUGCCAACAAUGGGACGCUAAAUACUUAAUUCUCAAAGGCUUCUGGGGGGAAUUAAAGCUAUUCUCAUCCACAUACAAAGCAGACUUGCAGUACAAGUUGUCUGAGAAUAGAUGAGUUAUGUCAUACCACUCCCUUUAGAGGCUUUUUAUUGGAUGUGUCUUCGAUGUAUACACAGAAGCUGUGGAAAUGUCCUUCACCGGGGCAUAUUUUAACAUUUUACAUGCAACAGAUAUCUACAGAUGUUAAUACCUAAAGUACAACACCAUUAUUAAAACUGUAGUGUACUUGUAUUUUUAUAAUGUAUAACCUCCAUGAAUAUGGUUGCCAUGGACACAGUGAGUCACCAUCCAAUGACUGUUUUAUCGUUGAUAUAAACAAUGCUAUUAAGCCUAA